ACGAAAGAAGAAGCAGCAGCAGCAGCAGCAGCAGCAGCAGCAGCAGCGUUUGGUCAGCUGACCGCUAACGUAGAGGCAGUCGGUACGCUUGCCGCGGAGGUUUUGCUAACGACGGUCAAAAUCACUGAAUCCAUAAGUAUUUUGUUAAAGAUUUCGUCUUUGUCAGGUUAUUUUUAUGGUCAUUGUCUUAUAAAAAUGCCACCACUAAAGAAUAUAGCCGUGUUUACUCUGCUCUAAGCAGAGACUAUGUUGAGACUGCUUGGGUUUUUUAGGGUUGUACGCAGGGCUUUCUGUGACGCCGCAGAAGAGAUGGGCAAGAAAGGAAACUUUUUCUACGCUGUGAGGAAAGGAUUCAGACCAGGAGUAUACCAAACAUGUAAAAUGUUUUAUGCAUUUGUUACAGGUGAUGCUGCAGUAGUAUACACUGAUGGCUGCUGCACAGCCAAUGGGAGAGCAGGAGCACGUGCAGGAAUUGGUGUAUAUUGGGGUCGUGAUCAUCCACUUAAUGUGGCUGAGAGGCUUCCAGGGAGACAGACCAACCAAAGAGCAGAACUGCAGGCUGCUUGCAAGGCACUCGAGCAAGCCAGAGAAAAUAAUUUUAAAAAGGUUGUGCUAUACACGGACAGCAAGUUCACCAUUAAUGGCAUUACAAGUUGGGUUAAGACUUGGAAGUCUAAUGGCUGGAGGCUUAAAGGUGGUGGGGCGAUAGUCAACAAGGACGACUUCCAAAAGUUGGAUAAACUAAAUGCAGAACUUGAGGUCGUAUGGAUGCACAUUCCAGGUCAUGCUGGCUAUACAGGCAAUGAGGAAGCAGACAGACUGUCCAGGGAGGGAGCAGCAAAGCCCUUGUGUUAGUCCACUGUUGCCACGUUCAUUUUAUAAUGCUACAUUUUGUUUUAGGUGCCUAGGAUGAGGUUGUAGUUUGUUUACCCUUGAUGGCUAAUGUACUUUUUCUUUUUAUUUUGUUGGGCUAGUGUUGUAAUAUUCUAAAUAACACUCGAAACAAGAUUUCUUCUUUUCUGAAGAGCAGUGCUUAUCCAAAAUGUUUUUUAUGAUUGUUCUGUCAAUUAAAUUGUCAUAUUUGUUCCUGAGAUUGAUUGCUGGUACUUA